AUGGCUGUCUAUGGGCAAAAUAUGACGGCCAUUGAUCCCGAGAGCUGCCAACUCGUUGAGGUGCCUAUUGAUGCAAAUGGGGCUAUCGUUGUGCAGGACCCCAGUGCACUUAUUUCUGGCGGACAGGUGCAAGUAGGUGGAAUCGUUCAAACCGGCAAAAGUAUUCUUAAACCGGAACUAGCCCAGCAUCUCAUUCAACCUGUUGGCAUCCGAAACCGUUUAGCUGGUCGUUUUGGUCUUCCUCUUGCUUUCUUUAAAAGCGUUCUGAGUUUUCAGUCUGUAAUCGACCCGAGGGUGCCUCAGUCAGCCCAGCGCGGUGCGAGAACUCCUGCGAGAAAAGCGUUGGGCUCAUCUCAGGGGUUACAGGUUCUUCAAGGUGCUCAACUGAUUCAGCAGCCUUCAGUUAUUGCACCAGCUGCGUCGGGUUUACUUUCCCUUGGAACACGCUAUACACCUUCCUCUGGGAUUCCCCUUAGCGUUGCCACUGGUGCUGGUGGAAGUGGUGGUAUCAUUAAUUCACAAGGCAAUAUUUUUACUUCCGGUGGAACUGCGAUGGUUACGACCGCUGGAACUGGUGUGGAUAGGGAUGCUGGUUAUCGUUUUACCGCAAUCACCGGUACUAGUAACAGAGGUAGACCCCGUGGUCGUCGACCUCUUAGAGGCCAAUUCCCCGUUGUGCCCAUAGAUAUGGUUCGCCAGUUGGGUAUCGAGCAGCAAGUAAUUUUGCAGCCAGCAGCCCCUGUUGCCAUGCGCAACAAGGCGGUUCUCUGUCGUCCACUCUCCGUGUCACGAAAGACUCAGUCGGGAAUUCACUCUCGUGAUAUCGAGUGUCAGUUCUCCGCUGAGGAGGAGGCGCUGGCUUCGAAGCACGAUGAGGACGUGGAGGAGGAUGAAAUGAUGGUAGUUGAGGAGUCGGCUGCCCCGGCUAAAAAGGAGGGGGACGAGGAUGCAGAUUUGGUCGAAGAGGAAGAGGAAGAAGAGGUCUUCUCGGACAAGAAUGACUCAGAUAUGGAGGGUGGUGGGACUAGCAAGCAAGCUAUUAGAAAAAGUGAGGUUGGAGCAAAUACGGAGGCUCCUUCGACAUGCCACUUUGGAAUCCAAACGGACGAGCCAUCGAAAGGCAUAAAAGAUGAGCAGCAAUUGGAGGAAGGUACGGGCGGGAAAGUGAAGUUGGAGGAAAAGGAGGUCAAAUACGUACCCAUUCCGGUUCCCGUUCCCAUUUACGUUCCUGUGCCUGUUUUUGCAUACACUCGGCCGGUUCCCUUUACUCUGCCCUUUCCCCUCCCCUGUGUGGUACCCUUACCUCUCCUGCUGAAGGGUGAUGAGGUAUCUGGUGGUGCUGUCGACUCCGCUCCUGCUACUACUCCUGCUCCAAUGAAACAAAAACCUGAUCCAGAUGCCAAUACUACAACUUUUGGAUCGGGUCAAAUGGGGACAGAAGGGACUACUUCGAAGACCCUUUCUCAAAAGCGUUCCGCUAAGGAAUCGUCGAACUCCUCUGUGGAUGUUGCUUCACCAACAUCUGGACAGCAGGGCCUUCCCAGUAAGCGUCUUCGUCGAACGACCGAAACUCCGGCGACGGCACUGGGACCUGUCGCAGUCGCAGCGACGACGGUUAUGACGCGUCGUCCACCAAUGAGUGACGCCAGCUACCACCUCAAGUUUUCCUAUGGUAUUAACGCCUGGCGUCUGUGGGUGAAUCAUACCUCGCAGCCCAAGGCUCUUGCCGAUUUGGUCGACGUACCCGACGAUGAGCUCAAUAUUGCGCUCACUCGAUUCGUGCACGAGGUGCGCAAGCCGAACAAUGAGACCUAUGUGGCCGAUUCCAUCUUCUAUCUGUGCUUGGGUAUUCAAGAGUACCUAAACGAGAAUGGUCGCGCUAUUAACCUCUUCGGCGAGCCGCGGUUUGCAAGUUUCGCCAAUGCUCUGGAUACUGUUCUGGCCGAUUUCCGCCCUCGAAUCAGUCCAGAAGGCAUGCUUAUUUGUCGAAUUGAAGAGGAACACAUGUGGGAGGCUAGGCAGCUUGGCGAUGAGACACCUCACAUACUGCUCUUUACCCUCCUCUACUUCAUCACUAAGCACAUGUGGCUCCGCACGGGCGACCAGCACGCCCAACUGAGAUUCUCCAAUUUUAAGUUGAAGCGCGAGAAUCCAUCUUCGGAGUGCGUGCUUUUUGUGUCCAGUGGUAGCUCUGACUCCUACCGCAUGUUCUCUACUGGAGAACAGUUCUCUCGCUGCCCGAUCCAACUUUUCCGAAAUUACCUUAAAAAGUGUCCUCAGGCACUGGUAGCGGGCGGCGGCUCCUUUUAUCUAAGUCCUCUACCCGAGCCCUCUUUGACGACAUGGUUCUCCGAGACUCGUGUUCCAGCCAGUCAGCUACAAGUUAUGUUAAAUCGCAUUAAGAUGGUGAAGGAGAUCCAAGAAGCCUUUAUGGACAGCCAAUCCGAGUAG